CGUGCCGGCCAAUCGCCGGACGGGCUCCCGCCCUGGGCGGAGGAAUCCCGGGCUGUGAGGCGGCUGCAUCUGGGCCCAUGUGCUUCUUUGUUUACUAAGAGCGGAAGCAGUGGCGGGAGAGGGGGUGGGGUGGAGGACGGGCCUAGUGGAGAGAUUGAGGAGACCGAAAGAAAAGGGGGAAUCUUACGCGUGGAAGAAAAGCUGAGAACCUGGCGUUCGGAGUGUGUGGCGGGGUGUCGGACGCCUUUGGGAAAGGAAAAGGUUAAGAAAUUUCUACAAGAGUUUUACCAGGAUGAUGAAUUUGGCAAGAAGCAAUUCAAGUAUGGGAACCAGUUGGUUCGACUGGCUCAUCGGGAGCAAGUGGCAAUGUACAUAGACCUAGACGAUGUAGCUGAGGAUGACCCUGAGUUGGUGGACUCGAUUUGUGAGAACGCCAGGCGCUAUGCAAGGCUCUUUGCUGACGCCGUACAGGAGCUGCUGCCUCAGUACAAGGAGAGGGAGGUGGUAAACAAAGAUGUUUUGGAUGUUUAUAUCGAGCACCGGCUGAUGAUGGAGCAGCGGAGCCGUGACCCUGGGGCAGCCCGAAGCCCGCAGAACCAGUACCCUCCUGAGCUCAUGCGCAGAUUUGAGCUGUACUUUCAAGGGCCAAGCAGUAACAAGCCUCGUGUGAUCCGGGAAGUACGGGCUGACUCUGUGGGGAAAUUGGUCACCGUGCGUGGAAUUGUCACUCGUGUCUGUGAAGUUAAACCCAGAAUGGUGGUGGCCACUUACACUUGUGAUCAGUGUGGGGCGGAGACCUACCAGCCGAUCCAGUCCCCUACUUUCAUGCCUCUGAUCAUGUGCCCGAGCCAAGAGUGCCAGACCAACCGCUCAGGAGGGCGGCUGUAUCUGCAGACACGUGGUUCCAAAUUCAUCAAAUUCCAGGAGAUGAAAAUGCAGGAACAUACUGACCAAGUGCCUGUGGGAAACAUCCCUCGUAGCAUCACCGUGCUGGUAGAAGGUGAGAACACGAGGAUCGCCCAGCCUGGGGACCACGUCAGUGUCACCGGCAUCUUCUUGCCGAUCCUGCGCACUGGGUUCCGACAGGUGGUACAGGGUCUCCUCUCUGAAACCUACCUGGAAGCCCAUCGGGUCGUGAAGAUGAGCAAGAGUGAGGACGAGGAGUCUGCGGCUGGAGAGCUAAGCAGGGAGGAGCUGAGGCAGAUUGCAGAGGACGAUUUCUAUGAGAAGCUGGCGGCCUCCAUCGCCCCAGAGAUCUACGGGCACGAAGACGUGAAAAAGGCUCUGCUGCUCCUGCUGGUGGGAGGAGUGGACCAGUCUCCUCGGGGCAUGAAGAUCAGGGGCAACAUCAACAUCUGCCUGAUGGGGGAUCCCGGUGUGGCCAAGUCUCAGCUCCUAUCUUACAUUGAUCGCCUGGCACCUCGCAGCCAGUACACCACGGGCCGGGGCUCUUCGGGAGUGGGGCUCACGGCGGCUGUGCUGAGAGACUCGGUGAGCGGAGAGCUGACCUUGGAGGGCGGGGCCCUCGUGCUGGCGGACCAGGGUGUGUGCUGCAUCGACGAGUUUGACAAGAUGGCCGAGGCCGACCGCACGGCCAUCCACGAGGUCAUGGAGCAGCAGACCAUCUCCAUCGCCAAGGCUGGCAUCCUCACCACGCUCAACGCCCGCUGUUCCAUCCUGGCUGCCGCCAACCCCGCCUAUGGGCGCUACAACCCUCGCCGCAGCCUGGAGCAGAACAUACAGCUGCCUGCCGCGCUGCUCUCCCGCUUUGACCUCCUCUGGCUGAUCCAGGACCGGCCUGACCGCGACAAUGACCUGCGGUUGGCCCAGCACAUCACCUACGUGCACCAGCAUAGCCGGCAGCCCCCAGCCCAGUUUGAGCCUCUGGACAUGAAGCUGAUGAGGUAGGAGAGCUGGGGCACG